AUGGGCAACAGUGCCAGUAGCCCUGCGUCGGGUGGCACACCGCUCAGCAGCAGUGGUGUUGGUACACGCGGCAGCUUUCUAGGUGCUUUUGUAUCAGGAAGACGAUUGGAAUUUACACUGAGCAAUUUACGGUCGCUGCACGCACAACUUACGCGCUUGUCGACACUACCAGACUCCGAAAUCGUAGAGUUGCUUCGCGUUUUAUCAGAAUUCCUCAUCUACUCGGACCAACACCGUGUUUCCGUGGAAGCAGACACUCAAGCGGCUGUAGAUGAUUUUGCCGAUGAUGCUGGAGUAUUUUUUGAUUACUUUGGAGAGACUAACAUGCUCGCGUUACUAGUGGAUUUGGGUGCAAGUCAACCUUCUGUGCCGGUACAAGUUCAGCUACUGCAGACAAUGAGUAUUUUGGUGCAGAAUAUCACAACGCGCACAUCUCUUUACUAUAUUCUUAGUAAUAAUCACGUUAAUCGCUUGCUUGAAUGUCCAUUUGCAGUGGAUAAAGACGACGACGUGCGUGAUUGGUACGUGACGCUACUUAAAGCCUUAUCACUACGACUUAAUGAAGAAACAGUGCAAUUUUUUCUGGAUACGCAAGCUGUGGGUGAAAGUUUUCGGUUUCCACUUUACGCGCGAGCGCUCGAGUUCGGCCGAUGCAAUGAAACAAUGGUUAAAGUCGCGGUUAAAACGUUGACGCUUAACGUACUUCGAGUAUCAGACAUUAGAGUACGCAGAUUUGUACUGCAGUACGACGAUCUGAGAUACUUCCGAGAUAUUGUCGAGAUGGCCAACGAUUUGACGCUUAAGUUGCAGGGACUGCUCAAUAGCUGGCCGUCUGCACAAAAUGCGGCAGAACGAACGGCCACGAUUGAAAGAAUGGAAGAAGCGGUGGACGCAUAUCUUGACCACUGUUUUUAUCUACAAGAUCUUUUAGAUGUAAAUGUGCCUGAGCUGUGCUAUAAGAUUGGUGAUUUGCUAUUCUCUCGGCACAUCAAAUGGUUACUAGCAACGAGUAUUUUACCAGAUUGCGGGCCUCCGCCACAGCGAGUAUCAACGCAGCUGGCGCUGUUUCUGCUUACUCGAUUGUUUGGCAUUUUGGAGCACACACCUUUAGUAAAUGCGAUUGCUUUCAUGUUACUGUCAUCGGAUGCUACGGAAUGUUGUGAAUACUCAGCAAUAGCGUUAGGAAGUGGAUCACGAAGGCUGGAUAGUGGUUCACAAUGUUUUAGUUGUGUAAACAGCAAAGAUCUCGAAGUCAAAAGCUCGACAACAACGGCGCCGCAGUCGCCACGACCUUCGCAACGAUGGGACAGAGAAGCACCACCAAUGCAUGUGUUUCGUCCCCAUUCCCCAGAUACAUGUGAUUCGUCGUUGUGUUAUGUACAGACACGUUUUGCCAUGGGCGAGUGGCCAGUUGAAGAAGUAGAGACGUUUGUGCUUCAAGGCUCCAACUGUUACCGUCAGUCAUUAUUGUCAUUGCUGAGUUCGCAUGAUGAACGCCUCUCAUCGACAGUGGUGAUGCUGCUAUCAGCAAUUGUCAACAACAAGGGUGUGGACCAUUCCCUCCUUCGAGAGCUGAAUCUGCUACCUUUCCGACAUCGCAAGCUUUCUCAAGAAAAGAAGGGUUGUAAUUUACCAGAUAUCUCUCCUCUUUCCGAUUCUCCAUCAUCUUCGUGUGGUUCGUUGGACUCGCAUGAAAUUGUAAAAGAUAAAGAAGAAGUUUCUGAUGAUGGAGUAAUAGUUGAGAAUGAAAGAAAUGACGUUGACCGCCCAGAGGCAUACCCUUCUUGGCUUGUGGAACUUGUCUUGGAGCUGUUAUCGCGACAUCAAAGCAUGCGUUUAAUAAGUGUGCAGUUGUGUGUCCGUCUCCUGGUUGAUCUCACGUCAGAUACACGUCCAUCGUUGUCGACCCAAUCUCUUUUUUACUCCCACACUAUGAAAAUUCAAAAUAUUCUCUCGAGCAGCGCACAUCUCGUCAUGGAGAGUAUGCGUGGCGCAAUGGCGGAAGUGGACUUGUUUAUUUACGUACUGGAAACAGAACUAGCAGGCUUUCAGCUUAAACCUUUUCCAAAAAAGAUACAGUUCGAUUCUUCGUCUCCGUAUCAGUGUCUUGUUCCACUUGAGAAAGAUGAUUGUUUACAGACUCCAGCAUGGGCAACUUUGGAGGACUCGCUUGAAUUAAGACAUCCAUCAAACGAAAUGGAAGUUUGUUGCAUAGCUAUGCGCGUAUUUCUCACCUUAAGAAAGCUGCGCGAGCUUGUGGAUAGAAGUUAUGUGGACGACGAUUUGGAGCAGCUUGUUGCUUAUCGCCAUCCUCGUACGAGUGUGUUAGCAAGUGCUGCGUGUGGUAUUGGUUCUUGCACUGUGCCAUUAGACGGCAUGGUCGCUUUGAAGUGCAUGUUUCGUGACCAGCGCUUUCUACUGAUGCCUACAAAACUGCUUAUGGUGAUGAAUCCAGAGGCAUUUGCACUUGUUGAGAAAGUUCCGGAGCAAAAUGAUGAUAGCAGUCCAAGAGAAUUCAAAGGGGAAGGUAUUGUAAAAGUAUUUGCUCCGAUUCACCGUACAUACUGUACGGUGGAUGCACGAGACGACCGGGUGUUGCACGUGUCCGUGCGCUCCGUCACUCCGGUGCCUGGCUGUCGCGGUGGUAGGAAAGAUCGUCGGAGAACGCGAACAAUGGCUAAGCUAAACGAUUGGUCUGUAUCAGUGCUGUUUUCGAGCGCAGAAGAUUGUGCUCAAGCACAGACUCACAUAAAUAUCAGUGGUACCGAAGUGCGCGCGUUUAAGCUGCAUCAAAUUGAGGAGAGUUUGACUGCCCAUUUGCAAGUUACUCAACCAAGCAAUGAUAACUGGUGCGGGUCAUUCUUCGUCAAUACGGAUACGUACGGCUUCAAAAAUGAUGCAGAUUCCAGUGAAGGCGAUGGGAAGGAAGAAGUCAUGAAUGCACGGCUGGAUGAAUGA